AUGUCAACCCUCAAAGAAUACGUCCAAGCUGAGGGCAACCACAUUGAGACCGCGUCCGUCGACCACGAUCAAGCUCGCCACGAGCUCGCCACGCCAAUAAAACCGCAAAAUCAAAACAUCGCGCUCCAGAGGGCUGCGUUUGAAGGUCGUAAGAUCGAUGUGCGCACGGCGCUCGGCGCCAUCGCUCUUGCCUUUACCUACGAGGCAUGCAUUUUGUCUUUUGCGCUUCCAUCGGCCAUUCUCCUCACAAUCAAUGCGGACAUUGGGCCUUCGGCUCAGAUCGUAUGGGGGGCCACAGCCUGGUCACUGGCGGCGGCGGUCCUGCAAACCAUCGCCGGUCGGUGCAGUGAUAUAUUCGGGCGAAGGAAAUUUAUAUUGGCUGGCAACGUGUUUGGCUUGGUUGAGCUAAUUGUCGAGUCUAGAGCACAAGCAGUCUCAGCUAUCAUUGCUGGAUUUACUCUGACGGGUGUUGCUGCUGGAGCUCAGCUUCUCGCAUUCGCUUGCGCAGGCGAGAUCGUUCCCAAAAAGUGGAGAGGGCAGACCCUGGCGGCCAUGAACUGCGCAGCACUCCCUGGAUCCUGCUUCGGCUCGGUGAUAGCGUACGCCCUCGUGGCCCACAUGAACUGGCGUUGGGCCUUUUACGUGGGCAUUAUGGCCAAUUCCAUUGCAUUAAUUCUUUCUGCGGUCUUCUAUUGGCCCCCGGGCUUUCUUGGUCUCCACCCAGAGGGCAAGACUCGAUGGCAGCAAUUCAAAGAAAUCGAUUUUGUGGGCCUCUUUCUUUUUGGCGGUGGCUUGACCGUCUUUCUGCUUGGGGUCUCUUGGGGGAAUAACCCUUAUUCCUGGAAGAGUGCACAGGUCUUGACUCCUCUGGUACUGGGAGCCAUCUGUUGCCUUGUGGCCUUGCCACUGUGGGAGGCUUACGGUCCCAACACAGUCGCAAAGCUAUUCCCACCCCAGAUCUUCAAGAAUAUUAGGGGAUUCUGCAUGCCUUUGUUUAUUUCUUUUGCCUCGGGCAUGCUGUUGAUCGGUCUUCCAGUUUUUUGGCCACAGGAGGUUCAACAGUUGUUCACGACCGUUCCCCAAACGGUGGGAUGGUAUAGUCUGGCAUGGGGCUGUCCGAGCACUGUCGGUUCCGCUCUAGGAGGAUAUUCGUGGAGUAGAUUCAAACACACGAGGUUUCAGUUCACUGCCAUGACCGCACUGAUGGCGGCUUUCAUGGCAACUGUCUCAUCGGUAACCCCGUACACACCUGCGCGAGCGGUCGUUCUGUUCGCGUUUUCCGCCGCUUUCGUGGGUGCGACAUGCCUGGUCGGGAUUCUGGAAUUACAAUUUGGAGCCGCAGACGGUGACAUCGGUAUAGCAACAGGCUUGAUGGGCACUUCCCGAGCCACGGGCGGGGCAAUAGCCAUUGCCCUAUUUGGCUCAAUCAUUCGAAACAAAACGGCCGCCAAUCUGGCUCCGGAAUUGGCGGCUGCCGUAAUUGCUGCAGGACUACCCAAAUCUCAAGUUGAGGCAUUCAUCGCCGCUUUCAUCUCCGGCUCCCCCACUGCCUUAGAAUCGAUCGAAGGCGUCACUCCAGGUGUUCUCGCGGCCGCAGCAACAGCGGCCAAAUAUGUCUUCGCGGACGCAUACAAGCUUCUCUAUCUAGUCACAUUGUCAUUUGGAGUGCCGGCAAUUGUUGCUGCGGCGCUUUCCCGAAGCUGUGAUGACAAAUUGACGAGUCAAGUUCCGGUUAGACUCGACGCUCCUCAUCUUCUCGGCCAAGGCAAAGGCGAAGCUCUGGUACUGCACAAACUAGAAGAGAAGCCAGAAGCCUAG